CUGAUAUGUACCUUAAUUAAACAAAUAUUUUACAUAGAAUUAGUGCAGACAACACACAAUUUAUUCUAUUUUGCGCUUGUUUAAAAAUGUUUGUGUUUUUAGGUUGUCUAGUUCUCUUCUGUCCUCAUUGUUACAUGUGUUAUUUAUAUAAUAAAGAAGGGGAAUCAUGCUGGAUUCCAUUCUGUGGUGCAGGCAUUUUACCAUUACGUGUUAAACAUCGUGUUAUGAACAAAAUAAUGGGUACUCUAAUGAACGAUGUUUGUACUACAUGCUUUUGUGGACAAUUAGCUAUAUGUCAAUUAAAACGUGAUAUAGAUUAUGCAAAAUCUACAAGAAUGGAAAUCUAAAUGUAUUACAUAUAUACAGAGAGAGAGAGAGAAGUAUAGUCAGGUUUUUCUUGUAAACAUCGAAAAACUAUUCUGCUGAUUAUUUUUUAAAUGUUCAAUUUUACAUUUUGAAAUGUUCACUCGUUUUUUUUCAAAAAUAAUUUUUUUUUAGAAAAAAUCAUAGAAAUUUAACACUUAAACAGAUUAUUAUAUUAGAAUGAAUGAUUCGAAUGCAAUUUUCCAAUGAAAACAAACAAACAGACUUGUUUGUAUUGAACUGCUCUUUUUUAUUGGGUUUAUAAAGAUAAAACAAAACAAAAGAAACAAGAGAUAGCUUUCAUUUAGAAUGAAUGAAAAAUUACUGGGUUUUUUUUUUAUUUAUUUCAAAAUAUCACUGUUUGAAUUAACCAGUGUUUUUGAUUAUUGUCCCACAAUCAAUUUGUAGAAACUUGAGCGCUGUUGUUUUAUUAGUGUUUUUUUAAAAUAAAUGUUUUAAGUACGUAGCUGACUGUUAUAUUAAACUUUUAAGAGAUUAUUAUAAAAAAGUCUGUUAAAAUUCCAAUGAUUACGUAAAUUACAUGAAAAGAAAGGGGUUGUAGCGUGGAGUCGAGUCGCGCUUGACUAUGAACACCACUACAAGAAGACUACGUGCCAAUUAACCAAAAAGAUCCCCGUAGGCCAAUAUCAGAAGGCAGAUUAUGGCUGUAGUCGAGACGUAUUUGUUGGCGAUCUCGUGGUAUCGAAAGGAUACCGAGAUCGUGCCAAAUGAGUAAAAGCGUGGUUACUAAGCGUAACCGAAUUCGUACAAGUUUAAAGUCAACGGGAGAGUAAGUGUAAUGGCUGUCAUUAGCAUAGUUAAACAAACGAGCACAGUAAA